GCCGCGCGGCCCAGGCAGGGCCAUCGCUGCUCGGGGGCACCCGGAGACCGAGACUCCUCGGCUCCCGAGGGCCGGGGAUCCGCCAGCACCCGGGUCUGUGCUGCCUUUGAGCCACACAGGAGAGGCUGGGGAGGUUUGCGUUUCCCCGACUUUGGGGGCUGCACUCCCUGGGCCGCAGAGGACAGCGAUCCGCCCCUUGAGGGGAAGACGCGCGGGUCUGGUACCCGCGUACGGAGAACGAGCUAGGUCCCGGGCCGCCUCCCGGUUAAGCCUGGGCCGGCUGAUUCAGCUUUAGCUUCCCGGACUUUCGGAUAAACUGAGCUCCCCGCUGAUCCCCGCCCGUCCAAGAGCGCGCAACCCGGGGGCGCCGCGCCGGCUCGCUGGCCAGCUGGGAGCCACGACCUGCCCCUCCUGACAGUGGGUGCGGGGCUGGCCGGGACCGCGUCCGGGUGAUGCGGACCGAGGACCAGCGGCGUCCGCUCUGGCACGUUGUCCUUGACCGAGAGAAGUUCAGGUUAGAAGUUGAGCCCUGCGCUUGUGGAAGUUUAGGGAGGGAGUGGGUGGGCUGGCGGGUCCCCUCCAGCCUCCGCGGUGCCCCAGCUCGGGCACCACGGGCUCUCGGUUUAAUCCUCGGGCCAAACACCAGGAGUCUCCCCUCUGCGUUUUUCUCGCCGGCUCUUCCCGGCUCCCUUUGGCGGCUCCGCACUGAGGCCGUGAGGCUCUCUCCCCGGCGAUCGCGACCCCGACCCCGAAUGUGGGGAGGUGUCCCCGCCGAGGUUCGAGGAGGGGGGCGUAGCCCGCAAACUGGGAGAUCCCCCCUUUGGCUUCCAGCACAGGGACGCCUUCCCUGGCGAGCCCCGCACCCGGCUUGGGAGAGCCAGGUUCCGCGGCCCCCGCGGAGGGGGCGGGGCCCCCGGGGAGGCGGGGCCCCCGGAGGCGAGGGGCGGGGCCUGCGACCCCCGCGGGGCCCGGGGCGGGGCGAGCUAGUGUCUCUGCCGUUCCGCUGGCUUCUGCCAGAGGACGCGCGCGCGCUCGGCGCUCCCGGGAGGCCGAGGGCCCAGCGGUGUGCUGUGGUCAUCCCGGUGGACCUGCGUGUCCCCGCGCGGCGGGCGGCUGCCCCUCCCCGGCGCGCUCCACGGCCCGGCCGCAGAGCCAGCGCGGCGCGUGUGGGCGUCUAUCUGGGCCGCGCACCCGCGCCCGGUCCCUCGCCCCUGCCGCCGCCGCCCGGAUAAGGACGCGCUGGGGCUGGCGGCCCGCGGGGACCGGCACCCGCGCCGCGGGGAUCCCCGGCGACCCGGGCGGACGCGGCGCCCUCCGAGCCUGUCGUGCGGCCGAGCCGGUGGCGCUUUGGUUUGGAAGAUGACACACCACGCAGUUGCCUUUUCUCUGGCAGCAGACUAGUGGGCGGAAAAAUGUGACACGAAUUUGAUGUCUGUGUCUGCUUCCCCGAGGUCAAGAACUUAUCUCCUUAGAAGGCAACAGUACUAUGCAUGUUAUGAACUGUGUUUCCUUGGUCAGUGAUAAAGGAAAUGGGAAUAUCGCCACGGCAGCUGGAUUCAUGAUUGGGCCGACACCACCACCACCACCGCCUCCUCCUCCUCCACCCCCUCCACCUCCACCAUGUCCAUACUCAGGGGAAGGGUUUCCUGCCUCUCCUCCCCCGCCCCCUCCACUGCCUGGGGGGCCUCCGGUCCCUCCUCCCCCCCCAGGACUACCCUCCACCUCUCACCUGAACGGCUACAGUCAUCUUGGUAAGAAAAAGCGGCUGAGAAGCUUUUUUUGGAAAACCAUUCCAGAGGAGCAAGUUCGCGGCAAAACCAACAUCUGGACUUUGGCAGCCGGACAGCAGCAUCACUACCAGAUCGAUGCAAAGACCAUCGAGGAGCUGUUUGGGCAACAAGAAAAUGCUACCAAGUCUUCCCCUUCUAGGAGAGGAGGGUCUUUAAAUUCGUCCUUCAGGGAGGCCAGAGAAGAGAUUACUAUCGUGGAUGCAAAACGGAGCAUGAACAUUGGGAUAUUUCUUAAGCAAUUUAAGAAGUCUCCUCCGUCCAUUGUGGAAGACAUUCAUCGAGGAAAGAGUGAACAUUAUGGAUCAGAAACGUUGCGAGAAUUUCUUAAGCUCUUGCCAGAGUCAGAGGAGAUAAAGAAACUAAAGGCAUUUAGUGGAGAUGUGGCCAAGCUGUCCCUGGCAGACUCCUUUCUGCACUGCUUAAUUCAGGUGCCAAACUAUUCAUUGCGGAUUGAAGCCAUGGUGCUAAAGAAGGAAUUUUUGCCUUCUUGUUCUUCUCUAUACACAGAUAUGAGGAUUCUAAGAACCGCUAUAAAAGAGCUGAUGUCGUGUGAAGAACUACAUUCAAUAUUACACUUGGUGCUGCAAGCUGGGAAUAUCAUGAACGCAGGAGGGUAUGCUGGCAAUGCAGUAGGAUUUAAACUGUCUUCUUUGCUCAAAUUGGCAGACACAAAAGCAAACAAACCUGGGAUGAAUCUCCUGCACUUUGUUGCCCAGGAAGCCCAUAAGAAAGAUGCCGUGCUUCUCAGCUUUUCUGGAAAAUUGCAUCACGUUCAGGAGGCUGCUAGAUUAUCUCUGGAUAACACGGAGGCAGAGCUGCACUCGCUCUUUGUCAGGACAAGAUCUCUGAAGGAGAACAUCCGGCAGGAUGGCGAGCUCUGUCAGCAGAUGGAAGAUUUCCUUCAGUUUGCCCUGGAAAAGCUGGCGGAACUGGAGCACUGGAAGCAAGAGCUCCAGGACGAGGCCCACACCCUCAUCGACUUUUUCUGUGAAGACAAAGACACCCUGAAACUGGACGAGUGCCUCCAGAUAUUCAGAGACUUCUGUGUGAAAUUCAACAAAGCAGUGAAGGACAACCACGACCGCCAGGCGCAGGAGCUGCGGCGGCAGCGGCAGAAGGAGCUGGAGAAGAAGCGGCAUUCCUGGGCGGCUGGGGAGCUUGGCUUCGGCCGGAGCAGCAGUGAGAAUGACGUGGAGCUGUUGACCAAGAGGGGCGCCGAGGACCUGCCUCCUUUUCUCUGCUCCAGGCCCAACAGCCCCUCCUACCGGCCCCCCAACACCCGCCGCUCCCGCCUCUCGCUGGGGACCAUGGCCGACCGGGACCUGCUGACCUUCCUGGAGAGCUCCACGGGCAGUCCCGAGGAGCUCAAGUUCAACAGUUUGCCCUGGAGCUGCCCCUGGCAGGCCCCGCCCAGCGGAGCCCGGACGGAGCCUGGAGAACCGAGGGACCAGGACUGCAGCCCAGCACACAGACCUCCGGCCUCGGCCCCGGUGGGCCAGGAGGAAGCCCCCGACCCCACCUCAGCUUGGCCGGGCCAGCUCCUGCCCCCGCAGCCUGAGGAACCCAUCUCCGCCUUACCCCGAGUUCGGCGCAGUGGGGUCCGCAUCCUCCGAAAGAGGAACAGCGAGCCCGUGGGCCUGGGUCCUGUGCGGUCCCCUCCGCUCUCGCCCUUGGCUCUAGGGAUCAGGGAGCACGAGCUGGUGACCGGGCUGGCCCAGUUCGACCUCCAGGCUCCCAAGGGCCCGGAGGAGCCGGCCAGGCUGACCGUGAAUGACGUCAGCCCAAUGGAGCUGGCGUCCGUGGGGGAUGAGAGCCCGCAGUCCCCGGGCGCCCGCAACGGCAGCCCGACACCCGUAGGCAGCGGUGCCCAGGGCGGUCCCAGUCCGGCCCCGGGGGAUGGCGGGGCUGCCCCCGCUGAGCCCAGCAGCACGGCUCCCGUAUCUGAGGGCAGCAGCGACCCGGAGAACCAAGAUCCUGGGCGUCUGUUCUACAUCUCAGACACCACCGACUGCUCGCUGACCCUGGACUGCUCGGAGGGAACCGACUCCAGACCCGAAGGGGGGGACCCGGGGGAGAGGGGUGACGGGGAGGGCUCCGUGUCCUCCGGGGCCGGGGAGACGGGCGGCAGCCAGGUCUCCUCGAGCCCCGCCUGCAGCCCGCCUGCGGAGGCUCCCGCGGCCGCCUCCGUCUGCGUCUCGGGGAAGAGCGAGCCAGGCUGCAAGGGGGGCCUGCCCAGGGACAGGCCGGCCAGAGGGAGGGACGGGACGGCCCCGAAGCGGAGCCCCCUCAAAGAGGCGGCGGCGGCGGCGGGGGCCGCGCGGCGGGGCGCGGGGGCGGCGGGGCCGGUGCGGACGCUGAGCGGCUGGGAGAGCGAGAGCGUGCGCAAGGUCGUGCCCCUGGCGCGCGCCGCCCGCGUCCUCCCCGCCGCCGCCAAGCGCGCCCCUCGCCAGGUCCCCGGCGGCGCGGACCCGCCCGCGCCCCUGUCCCGCCGCGGCUCGGCGCGGGGGCCCGCGGACGCGUCGCCUGCGAGGCCCUCGACGGCGGCCCGGCCCGGGAGGGAGCCCCUCGCGCCGCCCAGGAGCUCCUUCAGGAAGCCCAGCGCCAAGCCCCUGCGCAACCUGCCGCGGCAGAAGCCCGAGGAGGACAAGAUCUGCCGCGCCGGCUCCCAGGGCCCCGACGGCCCCGAGGAGGAGCCCCGCGCCCCGCCCGCCCCCAGCGCGCCCCGCGGCCCCAGCGCGGUCCCCGGCUUCGCCCGCAACACGGUCGCCUCCUCGUCUCGGUGCCAGAGGACCGGCUCCCCCGCUGCGGCCAGAGCCCCCGGCCUCACCCGGGCCGCGUCGCAGCGGCAGCUGCGGGUGAAGGGGGGCCCCGAGGACGCCGCCCCCAAGGACGGCGGCGCCCCGCGGCGGGCCGGCAGCGCCCGCGCCCCCCGGAAGGGGCCCGAGUCGGCCGAGAGCCCGGGGGCCGGCGCCCAGGCCCCGCCGAAGGGCCGUGGGGCCGCGGAAAGGGCCUCCUUCCGGCUGAAGGACGCCAGUCGGGCGGCGCUGGGGAAGGGGCUCCAUCCCUUACGGAAGUGAGGGGCGUCCGCCCUCCCCGCUCGCUUCCUGGGGUUCGGGUGGUGAAGACUGGCUUCUGCCAAAGGCCGACCCCGAAUGUCCGUUCCACAUGAAGUCCUCCGCUGGGGCCACCUGCCAGUGCUCCUGUCGCCGAUGGUGUAGCCGUGGGGCGCCGCCCGCCGCGCCGACUCCUGCUGGACCGACGUCCCCGCUGCGAUGGGCCGGCAUCUUUGCACGCGGGCCCGGUGGCGGACCCCGCGGACCCCGUCCCCCAAGCAGAUCACAGAGACCGGUGAACGGCUCAGACGAGGAAAACAGCAUUCAUACGUAACGAGUGAAAAAGCUUUUUGGCCAGUUUUUAUAUAUCAGUGACUUAUUUUUUAAUAUUAUAAAAAUUAAACGUUGUUUUAGUUGGUCCCUUUCACAGAGUGAAAUGCGUCCCAGGGGAAAAAUGGUGAAGAUGUUUUUAUCUUCCUAUGUUCCCUGGCCUCAGGGUUCCACCUGCCCACACCGUGCAUUGCUGGCAACUGGACUUCCGCAAGCCCUUGGGUGUCCUGUGGUUGGCUCCGUCUUCUUGAAGACUUUCUUCCUUGCUCACCUCCCCCUGCUGACUUUGGUGAGGAUUUGGGUGUGAACAGGAGGGCAAGAGACUGGUGCACGGAAAUCGGAUGCUCCCGUGUGUUGGGGCAGGCGCCGUGGGCAGUGGGGCAAGCCUCCCGGCAGAUGGGUGGCAGCCCCUGGGAGGAUGCGGAAGCUUCCAGAAUUUAGAGGUGCCAUAUGUUGAUGGAAGGUCAUCAGGGACUGUUCAGCUGAGCACAUCUUUCCCAUUCUGUGUUUUCUCAUUUGAGUAUCUGUUGUAAAACUGAGUGAAGGCUGCUAUGACUUGUGUUCACUCUAGUUACAGGGAAGAACAAACCCUUCAGUCUCCCAGCCUUUCUACUUUGCUAAUGUGACCUGGAGCCUGGAGAGGAUCUCUCUCCUCUUUCUCUCCCUCUGGCGAUGAUACUUUUUUAAUGUUGAUAUCUGUUCUUUGGUGCAGUGGUUUUAAAUCCUGAGAAGAACCAGAUCAAGUUUUUAAAAACAGACCAAAAAAAUGAAAUUUCUUUCAGAAGAUUUUAUAUUAUCAGGAAAUUUGGGGGGGGGGGGGGGCGGGGAAUCAGGCUUCAUUCAAAAGAAAGAGGAAAAUGUAUUAUUUCUGCUCAGUGCCAAUUUCACUAUUUCCCUCUAAUUGGGAAAUGGGGGAAUUCUUGAAACUUUGUUGUUGUUUAAAACUUGUCCCUCACUUUUUUUCACUUUUGAUCACUUAUGAGUGAAACUUUAUUUUAGUUCUGACAGUGGUAGGUGGAUUUUGGCAAAUACAAUGUAUUUGUGAGGAAUCCAUACGGUUAAUGUUACAGUCUCCCUCCUGCAGAGUGUUGCCUUCCAUCCAAAUUAAUUGGAAACUCUGAGCUUCCAUAAGUCAGCUAAAUUGAAAAGGUAGACUUUAUGGUUGAAGAAGUAAGGCACCUGACCACAAACCUCUUGUAAAAGCAGCCCUGAGCAGGUAUUUCCAGGACUCCACGUAGACGGCUGUGAGACUCCUGAGCCAUUUUUCACCAUCUCAAAAAGCCUAAAAAGUCAUGUUUUUAACCAUGCAGACAAAAAUGUUCAAAACAUAGGACCUGUGAAAGAGGUCAGAAGUUUGUGGAUUUGUGGGUAGUGCCAGGGUUGGGACCCCUUGGGGGGACCCUAGAAACCAGAGUCCAAGUCCCUGUUCCAUCACUGAUGCCAUGUGGUUUUGGCAUGUCGCUCCCUUUCCUUCAUCCUCUGUUUCCCAGUCUGCAAAAGUGGGGGCAUGGCCUCGAUCAUGGUCUUCAAGGGUCCUUCUAAGGCCAAGAGUCCAAGUCUUCCUGAACAACCAAGGACCCUUCUCUGCCCUGGGAUCAGCUUCCAGAACUAACCCCAGCAUCUCUACAGCAGAGGUCCCACGUAAAGGCCCGCUCAGAAGAAAGCACCUUCAGAAUGAGUUGUUGCUUUGAAAUUGAAGAAGCUGGGUGUCCUGAGAAGUGGUGUUUUGCUUAGCCCUGUGGACAGCUUGCCUGCAUCUGUGUGGGCAGGUGAUCAUUCUGUUACCUUUUAUUGGUAGUAAGCUUGGAAAAAUAAUUUAAGUAUAUAAUGCAGAAGUGUAAAUAAGUUUCUAUAUAAAUUUAAGAUGAACUGAAUGUAUUUAAAGGUCCAUUUAUAUGUUCUUUUAUGUAAUGUAUAGUUUAAUAAAGUUCCUG